AUGGCCACGGGGCUGCCAACGGCGGGGGCGGCCGGCAUGCUGCCGCCGAGGAACGCCACGGCGCAGGUGACGCCGCGCGGCAACAUCUCCAGCGCCGCCUCGGUGGUGUGCUACUCGCCGAUGAUGGUCACGGCCUACGGCAUCUGGCAGGGGGUCAACCCGCUCGAGUUCUCGCUCCCGCUCUUCAUCCUCCAGACGGCCAUCAUCGUCGCCACCACCCGCAUCCUCGUGCUCCUCCUCAAGCCCAUCCGCCAGCCCCGUGUCAUCGCUGAGAUCCUCGCCGGCGUGAUCCUCGGGCCGUCGGUGAUGGGGCAGGUGGAGGUCUGGGCGACCACGGUGUUCCCGUUGCGGAGCCUGCUGACGCUGGAGACGGUGGCGCACCUCGGCCUCCUCUACUUCCUCUUCCUCGUCGGCCUCGAGAUGGACGUCAACGUCAUCAAGCGGUCGGGGACGAAGGCGCUCAUCAUCGCCGUGGCGGGGAUGGCGCUGCCGUUCUGCAUCGGCACGGCCACGUCCUUCAUCUUCCGGCACCAGGUGUCCAAGAACGUGCACCAGGCCUCCUUCCUGCUCUUCCUCGGCGUCGCGCUCUCCGUGACGGCGUUCCCGGUGCUGGCGCGCAUCCUCGCCGAGAUCAAGCUGCUCAACUCGGACCUCGGCCGCAUCGCCAUGUCCGCCGCCAUCGUCAACGACAUGUGCGCCUGGAUCCUGCUCGCGCUCGCCAUCGCCAUCUCCGAGGUGAACAGCUCCGCCUUCUCCUCCCUGUGGGUGCUCCUCGCCGGGGUGGUCUUCGUGCUCGUCUGCUUCUACGCCGUGCGCCCGCUCAUGUGGUGGAUCGUGCGCCGCGUCCCCGAGGGCGAGACCAUCAGCGACGUGCACGUCACGCUUAUACUCACCGGCGUCAUGAUCGCCGGCGUCUGCACCGACGCCAUCGGCAUCCACUCCGUGUUCGGCGCCUUCGUCUACGGGCUGGUCAUACCCAGCGGCCAGCUCGGCGUCGUGCUCAUCGAGAAGCUCGAGGACUUCGUCACGGGGCUGCUGCUCCCGCUCUUCUUCGCCAUCAGUGGCCUCCGCACCAACGUCACCCGGGUGCGCGACCCCGUCACCGUGGGCCUCCUCGUGCUCGUGUUCACCAUGGCCAGCUUCGCCAAGAUCAUGGGCACCAUCCUCAUCGCUAUCUCCUACACCAUGACAUUCCGCGACGGCGUCGCCCUCGGCUUCCUCAUGAACACCAGGGGGCUCGUCGAGAUGAUCGUGCUUAACAUCGGAAGGGACAAGGAGGUGCUGGACGAUGAGUCGUUCGCGGUGAUGGUGCUGGUGUCGGUGGCGAUGACGGCGCUGGUGACGCCGGUGGUGACGACGGUGUACCGGCCGGCGCGGCGGCUGGUCGGGUACAAGCGGCGCAACCUGCAGCGCUCCAAGCACGACGCGGAGCUGCGCAUGCUGGCGUGCGUGCACACCACCCGCAACGUGCCGUCCAUCAUCUCGCUGCUGGAGCUGUCCAACCCCACGAAGCGCUCCCCCAUCUUCAUCUACGCGCUGCACCUGGUGGAGCUCACCGGGCGCGCCUCCAACAUGCUCGCCGCCCACCACUCGGCCUCCAACCAGAGCCGCAACGCCGGCUCGGCGUCCAGCGACCACAUCUUCAACGCGUUCGAGAACUACGAGGAGAGCGUGGGCGGCGUGUCCAUCCAGGCGCUGACGGCGGUGUCGCCGUACCAGACGAUGCACGAGGACGUGUCGGUGCUGGCGGAGGACAAGCACGUGUCCCUGAUCGUGCUCCCGUUCCACAAGCAGCAGACGGUGGACGGCGGCAUGGAGCCCAUCAACGCCUCCCUCCGGGGCUUCAACGAGAGCAUCCUCACGUCGGCGCCGUGCUCGGUGGGCAUCCUGGUGGACCGCGGCCUCAGCGCCGCGGCGGCGCGCAUGGCGAGCGUGCACCACGUGGCGCUGCUCUUCUUCGGCGGGCCCGACGACCGCGAGGGGCUCGCGUACGCGUGGCGGAUGGUGGAGCACCCGGGCGUGUGCCUCACGAUCGUGCGGUUCAUCCCGCCGGACUACAAGGCCCCCGCGCUGGCGCCGCCGCAGCACAUGGCGCCCCGCGGGGCGCCCGCGUCCAACGUCCACGCGCGCGCCAUCACCAUCGUCCCCGACGCCGCCAAGAGCGAGCGGCAGAUGGACGAGGAGUACCUGAACGAGUUCCGGACGCGCAACAUCGGGAACGACGCCAUCCUGUACAUGGAGCAGGUGGUGGCCAACAGCGAGGAGACGCUGGCGGCCAUCCGGGACCUGGACAGCGCGCACGAGCUGUACAUCGUCGGCAGGCACCCGGGCGAGGAAGGGUCGGCGCUGACGUCGGCGCUGGCGGAGUGGAUGGAGUCGCCGGAGCUGGGGCCCAUCGGCGACCUGCUGGUGUCGUCCGAGUUCUCUAAGAUGGUGUCCGUGCUGGUGAUGCAGCAGUACGUGAUCACCACGCCGCAGCCGGCGGUGGGGCCGGCCGUGCCCGUGACGGACGACCCCGUCCGGCAGUACGUGACCAACGCCAACCAGCGGACAGCCGUGACGGGCCGCGGCGGGUGGGGAGGCAGCGCCGCGGACUUCUGA